UGCUGCUGAGUCUCAGUGCUGCAGUUGUUCUCCGAGUAACGGGACAGAGGUGAAUUAUCCCAGCUCACAUGCCGUAUGCGCGCGACUGCGAGGGAAUAAAAUGAAUAUUCACAAACAGCCGUGGACUAAACAGCGCUGAGCAACAAUCCAGCCCUCUCUCUUAACCAGACGCGAGCUUUUAGUACUUUUUUGGAGGAGAUACUUUUCAGUUUUGGAAUAACUUUGUUGGAGUUCACUGUCACUACUGCAAAAACAUAACCUUUCAGGAUGGAUGACAGACAAUGCUACUACAAUGAAACCAUAGCCUUUUUUUACAAUCGUAGUCAUAAGUAUCUGGCCACAGAAUGGAACGCCGUAAGCAAGCUAGUGAUGGGACUCGGGAUUACAGUGUGUAUUUUUAUUAUGCUAGCUAACCUGCUCGUGAUGGUGGCCAUCUACGUCAACCGCCGAUUUCAUUUUCCAAUCUACUAUCUAAUGGCCAACCUAGCAGCUGCGGACUUCUUUGCGGGACUUGCCUAUUUCUACUUGAUGUUCAACACGGGACCCAAUACGAGAAGGCUUACAGUCAGCACGUGGUUGCUUCGCCAAGGCCUCAUCGAUACAAGCCUAACAGCCUCAGUUGCUAACUUGUUAGCUAUAGCCAUUGAGCGCCACAUAACUGUGUUCCGCAUGCAGCUCCAUACCCGCAUGAGCAAUCGACGAGUGGUUGUAGUUAUCGUCAUCAUCUGGACCAUGUCUAUCAUCAUGGGUGCCAUUCCUAGCGUGGGCUGGAACUGCAUCUGUGCCAUAGAUACUUGCUCCAACAUGGCCCCCCUCUACAGCAACUCCUACUUGGGCUUCUGGGCCAUCUUCAACCUGGUGACCUUCGUGGUGAUGGUCGUUCUUUACGCUCACAUAUUUAUGUACGUACGUCAGCGAACCAUGAGGAUGUCCCGGCACAGCUCAGGUCAACGGCGGAACAGGGACACUAUGAUGAGCUUGCUGAAAACUGUUGUGAUUGUAUUGGGUGCUUUCAUUGUGUGCUGGACGCCUGGUUUGGUGCUUCUCUUGCUGGACGUGGUCUGUACCAAUUGCAAUAUCCUGACCUAUGAGAAAUUCUUCCUCCUUUUAGCGGAAUUCAACUCUGCCAUGAACCCUAUCAUAUACUCCUACCGGGACAAGGAGAUGAGCGUCACAUUCAAACAGAUCCUGUGCUGUCAACGCCAGGAGAACGUGAACGGGACUGUGGAGGGUUCAGACCGAUCCGCGUCCUCCAUCAACCACACGGUCCUGAGCGGGGCUCACCAUAAUGACCAUUCAGUGGUCUGAGCUUCCACAGGGGCCAGGAUCUACAUAUAAGCAAGCAGAGACUGUGAAAAAGGCAUUUUCAUCAGCAAAAGACUCUUCUGUCUUCAUAAUGUUUUGUCACUAUAUUGAACUAUUUAAAGGCUAAUCCAAAAGGAUUUAAGUAGCCAGUUUAACACAAAUCAUAUUUGUUCCCGUAAUGCUUUAAGUAUGGUAAAAGGUUGGAUGAGUAUAUUGGCUAGUUGUAAUUUUUGGGCCAGAUUGUUGUAAAUCGAGGAGUUACACUUUUUUUUUGUCUUGUACAGCAGGUGAAAGACGUGGUGAAGUAUCCAGUGAAUCUGCACUAGAAAGAAAGAGUGCAUGUAAGAGACCACUGGGAAAUAAUUUUGGUAAACUAUGCGAAGUACUUGAUUUUUUUUUUUUUUUUUGCACUGCAGGUCCAUCCUAUGAUACCAAGCUGGCACCAAAUAUAAUACCCAAAAAAUAUGUCUUUCAGCCCAUUGAAUGAUUUAGGGGUCCAAGGGGCUGAGAAUGUAGAUGAAUGCUUGAAAUUGAACAUGAUGAGGAGUAUUAAAUAUUUAUGUGAAGCUGGGUAAACUUAUACCUCAGUAACUUGAAACGGUUUAAUAUACGCAACUUGGCUUUAUAUCUUUCCUGACACAAAAAUUGCCUUAUCUGUUGGUUAUAUCAUUCCCAGUCAUGUUCAAUCGGGA